UUUUGUUAUUUUUUUCUGUAAUUUUUGUCAGUGGAACGUUCGUGUCGGAACGCUAAUAAACGCACAACAAGCGCUGACAUAUCAGGGCCCGCGCCACACCAACGCUUCUCAACAUCUUUCCUCAAAAUAUCCAUUUGUGUGUAACUGUAUGUCAGAAAUAAUUCUCCUUGACUCCUCCAGCGACUCUGAUCGCGAGAUAUCGAAGCAUGAUAGCGAGACAUUGCCGCCGAAGAAGAUCCAGAAGUUGAAUACGGGAGACUUUCAUACCCAGGCAGGGAGUUUAUUCGACUCUCCGUCUCCUGUUGUCUCUUCAUCCUCCCCCGCCUCAGACUCUUCGAGCGAGGUUGGUGCCGAGCUUGAUGAGGUGGUCUACCAGUCCGAGUCCCCUAAGGCCGAAGCAGAGACCGAGGGGUCGGAAAACACAGCGAAUGGUAUAACAGAAACACAGCCUAAUGGAAAACCACCGGUGGUCAUGAACGGGAUCACGUUACCAGAUAUCACCAAAGAGCAGUGCUCUAAAGCCAGAAGCUACUUGAAGUUGGAGGGAAGCAUGAAGUUCUUGGACCACUAUCUCCCUACUACGGCGGCGGCAGAGGACAUCUUGAAUCUUAUCAUGAUGCUUGGGUUCGUUCCAAAGGACUUGCCACUGUUCAAGAACGAAGAGAAUAACCUCAUCCAGUUGAUCAAGACGUUACAGAAGGCCAUGAACCGGGUGUCACAGAUGCGAACUCGUCUCAGCGAAUUCAACACGAUAGAUCAGUUGUGCGCACAGAUCGAAAAAUCCUCCAAAAUCUUGGUCUUGACAGGAGCGGGGAUCUCUACAUCUCUCGGAAUCCCCGAUUUCCGUUCGUCCAAGGGAUUUUACUCCCAGUUACAGUACUUGGGUCUUAGCGACCCGCAAGAGGUGUUCGACUUGGAGUUUUUCCGUGAAGACCCUAACAUAUUCUAUUCCAUUGCCCAUAUGAUCUUACCCCCAGAAAACGCCUUUACUCCACUACAUGGGUUCAUCAAGUUGCUCCAAGAUAAAGGCAAGUUGUUGAGAAACUACACGCAGAAUAUCGAUAACCUAGAGGAGAACGUGGGUAUUUUCCCCGAAAAGUUGAUCCAGUGUCAUGGCUCGUUUGCCUCGGCCACCUGUGUCACGUGCAAGUUCUCUGUCAAGGGUGACGCAAUCUUCGAUGACAUCCGCAAGCAGCAGAUCCCGUUGUGCCCGUUCUGUCUCAAAAAGCGUGAGCGUUUAUUUGAGUCCGAGUCACCGCGAUACGAUAUCCAGUCCUAUGGAGUGAUGAAACCGGACAUCACAUUCUUUGGCGAAGCGUUGCCGGCGCUCUUUCACGAUAACAUCAAGAAGGACGUAAUGGAAUGCGACUUGUUGAUCUGUAUCGGUACUUCACUAAAGGUGGCGCCAGUGUCGGAGAUUGUGAAUAAGGUUCCGGCGGAGGUGCCACAAAUUUUGGUUAACAGGGACCUCGUGGGCCACUGCGAGUUUGACUUGAAUCUCUUGGGAUUCUGUGACCAAGUUGUGUGCUACUUGUGCACCAAGUUGGGUGUAGAUACGAACGGCUGGCGGGUCAAGCACGAGCGCUUUGAUGCGAUCUGUGCCAGCGGCCUUGUGUGUAUUGAUCUGGGAGCUAGCGUCGGGUGCUUCGAAAUCGCCGACUCCUUGCCAAAGAAGGAAGAGAUCGAAGAAGUCAAGGAGGAAGCGGCAUAGUACUUCUCAGACGUGCUUAAAGACGGAUCUGACCGAGGAAUUUGUAUUAUAUAAGGUGUUUCCUGGUCUGCAAAUUCCGUUUGGGCCAGCUUUCAGACAUAUCUGUGCUAACUAUAUUAAUAUACAUGGCUGGACCUGUUAGAAUCCAAAUACAAGCGUAGGUAAGAGUUUCAUGCGGGACUGCCUAGUGAACUGGCCCAUCUAUACAAGGUUGAUGUUUGGAGUUUAAUACGGUGCUUUAAGAUUGGUUUAGUUUUCUCCAGAGGGGGGGUACAUGGGUACUGCAGAAUUCGCUAAAGUUUCUAAUGUAUAUAUAACAAAGAUUUGAAAGGCCUUAUAGGAUGAGAUAUUGACCAG